AUGUCUUCUCCAACCAAACCACAAAUAAUGAGGAUUACCCUUGUUACUGAAGAUGAAUCUGGCACUCAAAUGAGAUCUCUCGUUCGAGAGGUACUAGCUUUCAUUCAAAAGACCAGACCCGGGAUCGCAUUCGAUAUUUCCGAGGAUUGUUCGCAGGCAAAAGACUCGGAUGCCGUAAUCUUGUGCGGAAAAAUCUCUCCCCAACUUGAAGGGGACUUGACCAAGAAACUUGGUUCUUUUGUCAAUGUGCAACCUGUGUUUCUUCCAAGUACGGGACUCGUCCCUGAACAUCUGUUGAACCGGAACGCUGUCCAGGGGCUGGAUAUCAUCUUUGUUAACGGUAUUGAGAAUACACAGGGUAAAGAUGGGACUCCCUGCAAGACUAUUGAGCAGAUGGUUCAGUGGGCAGGAACCUAUGCUAUGCGUUCUCACCCACCUAAGCCCAUCCAUUUUGUUUCGUCAUCCAGGUCAGCUGUCAGCUCCGUUGUGACUGAAGUAUUGAACGAAAAGUUUCCUCGUGUCGCGCUUAGCCUUGAAACAAUUGAUACGGUGAUGGAUGACCUUGCUUUGACCCUAAAAAAGCUCAACGGUAUUGUUCUGACUACUGAGUCGCACGGGAUACUACUACCUGAAAAAGCACGCUCGAACCUCCAAUUAGAUGCCUUGUUGGCAUCGGCUAAUAUCUCAAUCUUGUCGAACAAUAGCUCCACAAACCAGGGGAUCUUCAGAGGAGGAAAUACCGGUGCGCAUGGCAAAAAAUUGGAUCCAAUUUCAAUCUUGCCAGCCGUAAGCUUGAUGCUCGGCCUGUCACUUGGUCUAAGUGCAGAAGCUGCUGCAGUGACAAGAGCAAUUCGUCGAACAUUGGAUCCAAUCGAGCUCAUUGGAUCCAACAUCCGGACUCCUUGUGCUGGUGGGGAAGCCACAACGGCUGAGUUCAUGAUAAAGUUUAUGGAACACCUAGACUCAUACCUGGAGGCAGCGAUCUCAGAAGCAGAAGCUCAGAAGUCACCCAGAGAGUUAUUUUCAUCUUCCAUCAAACGGCGCCCGAUGGGGGUGAUUGAAAAAACAAUGACCCACGCCGCAGUGGGCCUGAGCAAACCUGAAGUUCAGAAUGGAGAGAUCAUCUGUGUGCAGGUUGACUGGACCCUUACAUCGGAGAUACUUUGGGCAGGAAUGGAAAAGACAUAUGAUAAAAUGGGCCGGCCUCGUCUGCAUCGCAAUGAUCGCAUGUGGCUUGCAAUUGACCACACCGUUGAUCCUCGUACCAAUCACCGGCCCCGACAACGGGGACUUAUCGAGCAAGCGGAAAGUUUCCAGCGUGAAGCCAAACUUGUCAACUUUCUUCCGGCUAAUACAAGUAUCUUGCAUACUGAUUUUACUCGUGAUAGAGCACUCCCCGGGCAAAUAAUUGUCGGAUGCGACUCACAUUCCUGCUCUGCUGGCUGUGUCGGAGCUCUGGCUGUUGGUCUUGGAGCGGCAGAUGUUGUCAUGCCCAUGGUUACAGGAGAGACUUGGUUCCGAGUACCUGAGAUUUGCCGAAUCAAUUUUGUCGGCAAAUUGCCGUUCGGAGUUGGUGGGAAGGAUGUGAUUCUUCACAUCCUCGCCCUGUUCAAGAGGAAUACCAUUGCCUUUCAAAGGGCAGUUGAAUAUGGUGGCCCCGGUUUGAAGGAGUUGUCAAUGGAUGCCAGAUUUGCUAUUGCGAAUAUGACGACCGAAUUCGGUGGUAUGGGUGCGUGUUUUGAGGCUGAUGAGAGUACCGCGGAGUGGAUAUCUCGCAGACCACAUCUGGAGCAUCAAGGAGGGCUUUACUUCAGAGCGGACUCAGAUGCACAGUAUGCUGAGGUGCGCAAUGUCGAUCUCUCUGAGGUUGAAUUAACAAUCGCUCUGUAUCCCGACCCGGACAAUGUUGUCCCUGUGAAAGAGAAGGUCGGUACAAAAUUAGACGGGUGCUUUAUUGGAGCCUGCACCACAACUGAGGAAGAUCUCAUCAUUGGUGCGUUGGUGCUAGACGCUGGUUUGCGCGCAGGCAAGGUUCCUUGCGAGGGGAGGAGACGAGUGACACCUGGAAGUCUCAGCAUCAUCAAGCACCUCAAGCGACAUGGCGUCUGGGACAUCUAUCGAAAGGCAGGCUUCGAGAUUGGGGCACCUGGUUGCUCGUACUGUGUUGGAAUCAACGACGUUGACGUUGCUGGUGAAGGCGAAGUCUGGCUUUCCUCUCAGAACCGCAACUUCCGGAAUCGAAUGGGCAAAGGGGCUAUCGGGAGCAUCACCUGUGCUGCGGUUGUUGCAGCCUCAAGCUUUGAUAUGGUGGUCACUGAUGCGAGGCCACUGUUGAGUCAAAUUGACAAGAUGAAGUUGGACAAAAUGCUUGGAAGCGAGAGGGUCUCCUUGACAGUUGCUCCUGAGAUCAGCGAGCCUGAUCCUUUUAUUGCAUCGGAUGUCACACUCCUUGCCGAUGACAUUCCAUCCCAGAUGAAAAUUCCCACUAAUACUCUAGAGACUUCCGCUGACGGGAUUUUCAAAUCGAAAGUUCAACGAUUUGGCGAAAAUGUGGAUACCGAUGCAAUUAUUCCUGCUGAAUUUGUCCCUGGUGUUGACAACGCUGAGUUGGGCAGUCACUGCUUUGAGUACGAUCGGCCUGUUUUUCGACAAAAGGCCACGCGUGGGUCGAAAAUCAUCGUCGCGGGUCGUGGAUUCGGUAGUGGCUCAUCCCGUGAAGAUGCAGUCAGAGCGUUGCAGGGAGCAGGAAUCGAAGCUAGACUCAUCUGGGAUGCAGACGAUCGGAACCAACUUAAUAUGGGACUGUUCAAUAUUACCUUGCCAGAUCUUGAGUUCUAUACGCUCGCGAAGGAAGAUUCUGUCGUUGUCAUUGAUCGAAAAGCCAAGACGGUGCAUGUGGCUGGUACAAAUCGAGUUUUCGAUUAUCAACAGUCGGCUAUGGAGAAAACCCUUCUUGACGCUGGAGGUAUACUCCCAUUGUAUAAUCGGUUUGGGCGCUCGGUGUUUCGAGAUAUUUCCAGAACACAUACAAACGGGAAAACGGUUCGCUCAGCGGGUAGAGCUGCAAAGCCCUCGCAGGGAAAAUUUGACUGGUGA